GGGCCGGGCGGGCCGGAGCCGUUGCCGGGAGGCCCCGGGGCUCGCGCGCGGUGGCGUCGGGGAAGCGGUAGCAACCGCCCUCCUCCCGCUGGCUUCUUCUUGCGACUUUUCUUUUGUUGUUGCCGUGACCCGGGUCUGUUUUCUUGGCUGUUGUUGAAGGAUUUCAGAAAGUGCAGUUUCAGCUUGUUGAUACUGAGAAUUGAAAUUUGCAUUAGCUGUGGCAGUGUGAGAAAUUCUCCUGAGAAGGUAUUUGUAGUCUGCUUUUUUUCCACCGAUGUAACAGACCUGGAGCCAGGAAGACUCAGAGGAAAGGACUUAAUCAGGUUUAUGUGUCCUAAAGGUUAUGAAGACAGUAUGGAGUUUCCAGACCAUAGUAGACAUUUGCUGCAGUGUCUGAGUGAGCAGAGACACCAGGGUUUUCUUUGUGACUGCACUGUUCUGGUGGGAGAUGCCCAGUUCCGAGCGCACCGAGCUGUACUGGCUUCAUGCAGCAUGUAUUUCCACCUCUUUUACAAGGACCAGCUGGACAAAAGAGACAUUGUUCAUCUGAACAGCGACAUUGUUACAGCCCCCGCUUUCGCUCUCCUGCUUGAAUUCAUGUAUGAAGGGAAACUCCAGUUCAAAGACUUGCCCAUUGAAGACGUGCUAGCAGCUGCCAGUUAUCUCCACAUGUAUGACAUUGUCAAAGUCUGCAAAAAGAAGCUAAAAGAGAAAGCCACCACGGAGGCAGACAGCACCAAAAAGGAAGAAGAUGCUUCAAGUUGUUCGGACAAAGUCGAGAGCCUCUCGGAUGGCAGCAGCCACAUGGCAGGCGAUUUGCCCAGUGAUGAAGAUGAAGGAGAAGAUGAAAAAUUGAACAUCCUGCCCAGCAAAAGGGACUUGGCGGCUGAGCCUGGGAACAUGUGGAUGCGAUUGCCCUCAGACUCAGCAGGCAUCCCCCAGGCUGGCGGAGAGGCAGAGCCACACGCCACAGCAGCUGGAAAAACAGUAGCCAGCCCCUGCAGCUCAACAGAGUCUUUGUCCCAGAGGUCUGUCACCUCCGUGAGGGAUUCGGCAGAUGUUGACUGUGUGCUGGACCUGUCUGUCAAGUCCAGCCUUUCAGGAGUUGAAAAUCUGAACAGCUCUUAUUUCUCUUCACAGGACGUGCUGAGAAGCAACCUGGUGCAGGUGAAGGUGGAGAAAGAGGCUUCCUGUGAUGAGAGUGAUGUUGGCACUAAUGACUAUGACAUGGAACAUAGCACUGUGAAAGAAAGUGUGAGCACUAAUAACAGGGUACAGUAUGAGCCGGCCCAUCUGGCUCCUCUGAGGGAGGACUCGGUCUUGAGGGAGCUGGAUCGGGAGGACAAAGCCAGCGAUGAUGAAAUGAUGACCCCGGAGAGCGAGCGGGUCCAGGUGGAAGGGGGCAUGGAGAGCAGUCUGCUCCCCUACGUCUCCAACAUCCUGAGCCCUGCGGGCCAGAUCUUCAUGUGCCCCCUGUGCAACAAAGUCUUCCCCAGCCCUCACAUCCUGCAGAUCCACCUGAGCACCCACUUCCGGGAGCAGGACGGCAUCCGCAGCAAGCCAGCGGCCGAUGUCAAUGUGCCCACGUGCUCGCUGUGCGGGAAGACUUUCUCCUGCAUGUACACCCUCAAGCGCCACGAGAGGACUCACUCGGGGGAGAAGCCCUACACGUGCACCCAGUGCGGCAAGAGCUUCCAGUACUCGCACAACCUGAGCCGCCACGCCGUGGUGCACACGCGCGAGAAGCCGCACGCCUGCAAGUGGUGUGAGCGCAGGUUCACGCAGUCGGGAGACCUGUACAGACACAUUCGCAAGUUCCACUGUGAGUUGGUGAACUCCUUGUCGGUCAAAAGUGAAGCACUGAGCUUGCCUACUGUCAGAGACUGGACCUUAGAAGAUAGCUCUCAAGAACUUUGGAAAUAAUUUUAUAUAUAUAUAUAAAUAAUAUAUAUAUAUACAUAUAUACAUAUAUACAUAGAUCUCUAUAUAGUUGUGGUACGGUCUAAAAGCAGUCUUGUUUCCUGGAACUAAAAAGUUGGGAUCUUAACUUGUUUUUGCACUUUAGAAUAAUAGCAUGAGAAUCUCACUAAUUUAGCAUUCUGAUAAAAGAAACUUUAGAGCAAGUCGGAGAAUAGAGAGGUGUCUUUCCUUUGAGGGAUAGGUGAAGUAAGCCAAUAAGAACCUUCUAAACAAAUUGUCCUAUCACAGAAUACUUUCAUAUGGCUUAAUUUUGUCAACACUGCAUUGUCUUUUGAGUUGUUGUGCCCCACAUUUUCUGUUUCUUUCAAGUAGAAAUUCCCUCCAGUUUUAUUAACCUCUGUGUCUCAAAUUGCAUGAACCUUUUCUGGCUGUUGGAAACCUGAAUGCUUUUAGACCCAAAUGGAAAAUUUCUGAAAUGCUGGAUUAUCUAUUUUUAAACAAGCAGUUGACUUAAAACUUUCUGUGGCAACUUCUGGUUUUCUGACGGUUCCCAGUGAGAGAAAUUCUGAGAGUACACUGGGGUCACUGGGACACUGUCUUUGUGAAGGUUUGCUUGGGAUGAAAAAGGAUAUUGCAGCUUCAGCAGUGUUGAACUGUGUGUUUAAAAAUGUGAAUUACUGUUCUUGUAUACUGUAAUUGAUUACAUGGGCUGGGGGGGUGUCAAAGAACUUGACAGGUUGUGUUGAUGCUCUUAGUUGAGUCUUGAAAAGUAAAUAUUAACGCUACAGAAAUGCAUGAGUUCAAUAUAUUUUUGUCUUUGUUUGCAUUGUAUAACUUUAACGAGUGAGUUUAAAAUUAUUUAAUUUCCUUAGAAAAAUAGCACCAUUUGGAAAAAAACUGGUGUUAUGAAGAACGUAAAUGCACUGUUUUUAUUUUUAUUUUAUAUAAUUUAAAUUGACUUUCCCACUGUCUUUAAGUUGAAACUGUUAAGCUGAAUAAAACUUAAGCUGCAAAUUGAUAACUUUGCUACAUAACAAGGAACAUAUACAUGUUUACAAACGGCUUAAAGAUUUGCAUGUGCAGUGUGCAUUUAUAACAAACUUCUAAUUGCACAAAACCCAUGCCAGCUCAAAGUUUAGGUGUACACAUUUACCCAGUUGAGCAUUUUUAGAAUAACUACUGCACAAAUUGACAAUAGGUCAUUCUUUUUUUUUUUGCUCCCCUUUUCUUUCUCUCCCUUCUUACCACCCCCCCCACCCCAAACUCAUGAAAAGAUUCUAUGGACUGAAAAAGCCCCAGGCUGAAAGGACUGGACUGCCUUGAUUGACAUGGGGAAGGGGGUUAGUAGACUAUGUGUAUCGGCAGCAGAGGCUGCAGCCCAGUGUGUGGCUUUAAUGACCAGCACACAGGGCAAAAGCAUUUUGCACAGUGUUUGUUUUCCUGUCUUGCACUUACAAAUAAGGUCUAUGGGAGUAGCAUGGAAAACGUUUGCUGUUUUUCCCUUUUUUUUAAAAAAUUGCUUUUGUUUAAAAUUUGAUCGCCUUAACUACUGUAAACAUAGCCUAUUUUUGUGCUUAAGAUACUGAAUGGAAAACUCCAUUGUGUGUUGCUGGACUGUUUUGGAAAUAUUUGGUCAAAUGUGUGUUAAUUUGGCUGUAAUGGCAUUUAAAGCAAACAAACAAAAAAAGCUGUGAAAAUGGCCUUGGAGCAUUAUCUUUAGUUACUUGAAGAGUUUUUAGUUUUUUUAAAUACAGUUUAUGUUAAAAUAAUUUUUAUUAAUUUAGAGAAGACAAUCAGUGUCUGUGAGAAAAACGGACUUUCUUUUGGAUUUUCUUUUUGUGGUCAUUGUGAGUGAUUGCUUCUUCCUUUUCUUAGUCUCACAUUCUUCCUUUGUUCUAAAACUUAGACUGACAUCUAGCUUUGACAAUCAUAGUAUGUUUUAUUUUCCUGAGGGGGGAAUAACUUAUAAUGCUGUUUAGUUUUGUACUCUUGGUGUGUUGGUGAAUUUUUAAACUGUGUGCUAACUGCAAUAAAUUAUAUGAACUGAGAA